UUUCUUGCUUGCCAACUCACUCAACAUUCCUAUAUACACAAAACAACUAUUAAUUCUACACACAAGAAAUCCUCAUCUCCUUCUUCAAAUGGGAUCUUUAGAAUCAUCCAAGGCUCAAAAAUUAAAGGAAGAAGAAUACACAGGUGAUGGAAGUGUUGAUUUUAAUGGAAAACCAGCUAUUCGAGACCUAACUGGAAAAUGGUCUGCUGGGACAAUAAUAUUAUUGAAUCAAGGUCUAGCAACGCUAGCAUUUUUCGGGGUGGGAGUGAAUCUGGUGCUGUUUCUAACAAGAGUGCUGCAGCAAGACAACGCCGAAGCAGCCAAUAGUGUUAGCAAAUGGACCGGCACGGUCUACAUCUUCUCGCUCGUUGGUGCUUUCCUUAGCGACUCUUAUUGGGGACGAUACAAAACUUGUGCCAUCUUUCAAGCCAUAUUUGUUAUUGGUCUAGUGCUCUUGUCACUAUCCACACAGGUGUUCUUGCUCAAACCCGGGGGCUGUGGGGACGAGACGACCAAAUGCAACACGCAUUCGAGUUGGGAGCUGGGGCUCUUCUACAUCUCUAUAUACAUGGUGGCUCUUGGCAACGGCGGCUACCAGCCUAACAUAGCCACAUUUGGCGCUGAUCAGUUCGACAUAGAGGAUCCGAGAGAGGGCUAUUCCAAAGUGGCCUUUUUCAGCUACUUCUACCUUGCAUUGAACAUCGGCGAACUCUUCUCCAACACUGUAUUGGUAUACUUCGAAGACGAAGGGUUGUGGGCCCUCGGGUUCUGGGCCUCCACCGCCUCUGCCACCCUCGCCCUGCUCCUCUUCCUCGGAGGCACCAAGCGCUACCGCCAUUUCAAGCCCAGCGGCAACCCCCUCUCUCGCAUUUCCCAAGUCUUGGUCGCCGCCACAAAGAAGUGCAGUGUGAGGAUCCCACCGGGCGAGGAUGCUGCCAACUUGUACGAACCCGAGGGAUCCAAGAACGGAGCCCGGAAGAUGCUUCACACGCAGGGGAUCAAAUUCUUGGACAGGGCAGCAUUUGUGACGGCGCAGGACGAGGAGGAGCUGAAGCAGAGCGAGCACAAGAACAACCCGUGGCGGCUCUGCCCCAUCUCGCAAGUGGAGGAGGUGAAGUGCAUACUGAGGCUGCUCCCCAUCUGGCUCUGCACCAUCAUCUACUCCGUCGUGUUCACGCAGAUGGCCUCCCUCUUCGUGGAGCAGGGGGACGCCAUGAACACGCAGAUCUCCAACUUCCGGAUCCCAGCAGCCAGCAUGUCGAGCUUCGACAUCCUCAGCGUGGCCCUCUUCAUAUUCCUGUACAGGAGGGUGGUGGACCCAGCCGUGCGCGUGGUGAGGAAGGACUCCAAGGGGCUUACUGAGCUACAACGGAUGGGGAUCGGGCUGGUGAUCGCGGUGAUGGCGAUGGUGUCUGCGGGGAUAGUGGAGUGGUACAGGCUGAAAUACGCGAGGAGGGAUUGUAAGCAGUGCCAGGGUUCGAGCACGCUGAGCAUAUUGUGGCAGGUGCCGCAGUACGGGCUGAUAGGGGCGUCGGAGGUGUUCAUGUACGUGGGGCAGCUGGAGUUCUUCAACGCGCAGGCGCCAGAGGGGCUGAAGAGCUUUGGGAGCGCGCUGUGCAUGACGUCGAUAUCGCUGGGGAACUACGUGAGCAGCCUGCUGGUGUCGAUAGUGAUGAAGAUAUCGACGGAGGACAACAUGCCGGGGUGGAUACCGGGGAAUCUCAACAGGGGGCAUCUGGACAGGUUCUACUUUUUGCUGGCGGGGCUGACGGCGGUUGAUCUCGUGAUUUACGUGGCCUGCGCAUCGUGGUACAAAAGCAUCAAGCUCGGAGGGGGAGAAGAUGAGGAGGAGGAUUAUGAUGAGGUGUAAGUAGGUAAUCCUCAUUCAUUGGACUUGUACAGAAGAGUUUGAGGAGGAGAAGAGAUGAAGAAGAGAGUGAGAGAUACACUAUACGGUUUGAAAUCAGUGAAUGGCUAAGUGUUUAAUUUGGUUCCACGAUUGAUCAUGAAAUAGAUAUGCAAGUGCUUUAAGAAAUGUGUCGUGUUACUCCA